AUGGAGGUGGAGACGGCGGCGAGAGCGGUCGCGGCGACGGAGAAAGCGGAGCGUUUGGCUGAAAAGGCGCGCGCGCGGGCGGCGCGCGCGGGCGCGAGCGCGGGCGCCAGAGAGGAACGCGCGCGUCAACGCGAGCGAGAGACGCGCGUCAUCGCGGGACGACGGCGCCAACGCGCGCACGCGAUGUCACUGCGACGACAAGCGAGGGAGAUCGAUCUGUUGAAGGCGUCGCGCGGUUGGAUCGAAUCGACGGAGGAGCUCGAGCGGCGCGUACAGCGCGCCGUGGAGCGCCCCGAGCGACUCUUCAAGUGA